GGCCAUGACCAACUACGAAAAGAAGCUCUCGCUUUUAUUUCUAAAAUACCCUGAUCAUUUUAUGUAAUUACCGCGAUGUCCCUUGACUCUGAAUCAUCUCCUUCCUCGAGCAGGGACUGGUUCUUCCCUCCACAAUCCUUCGUGCAAUCUUACCCCGCCAAAUCUCACAACUACAUCCGUCGAUUUUCUGAAACUUCUCGGAUAUCACGGCGUUAUACCGAUUAUCAGAGGUAUCGGAAGACUUCAUCCUGUAUUUCUGAUUCGCAUUCGUGUUCAACGAUCAGUAAUGAUGUCAAGUUUGCUCGUACUCGAAGGAGGUUUGAUUUUGAUCGCCGCAGCGACCUGUCGCUUAAACGUUCUGAAGUGGAAUUUUCUUCAAAACGGAAGUUGGAGCUGCCGGACUUCUCGAGCUCGGCGAAGAAAGUCUCUGAUAACUCUCGUUUAUCUAGGCCGAUUGACAGUACGCUGAAAGUUCGAUGGCAUUUCUUGGCUAUUGCAUUAUCGAUUUUUGUCGUGAUUUUUGCAAAAAUGGUGCAUGUAAACUUAUCUUUACAGAAGCAAGUCAACGACUUAGAGACCCGGAUUUCUAAUCUUAACAUCAAAUUACGAGCUUGCAAUUUGUUUGACUCUGGAAGUGAAGAUGAUGUACGUUCACCAGACGAUCUUGCUGAUGUUGUUACAGAUAAAAGAUUAAAAACUUUAGCCUUAAUCGCAUCCCUUACACUGUUGUUUGCCCCUAUCAUUAUCCUCAAGUAUAUUGACUAUAUCUCUAAAUCAAGAUCAUUGGAUCAUAAUUUGGAAGAAGUUUCACUCAAUAAGCAGCUUGCGUAUAAGGUGGAUGUUUUUUUCUCUAUUCAUCCAUAUGCUAAGCCACUGGCAUUGUUGAUAGCAACUCUACUACUGAUUAUGAUUGGAGGUUUAGCACUGUUUGGAGUGACGGAUGAUAGCUUAGUCGAUUGUCUUUGGUUAUCUUGGACAUAUGUGGCUGAUUCUGGAAACCACGCCAACUCUGAAGGUAUUGGUCCGAGGCUAGUAUCAGUUUCCGUUAGCUUUGGUGGGAUGUUAAUAUUUGCUAUGAUGCUUGGCCUUGUAUCCGAUUCAAUAUCUGAAAAGUUUGACUCACUUAGAAAAGGAAGAAGCGAGGUUGUUGAAAAAAAUCACACUUUGAUCCUUGGAUGGAGCGACAAACUGGGGUCACUUCUGAAUCAGAUUUCUAUAGCCAAUGAGAGCUUGGGAGGAGGAACUGUUGUGGUGAUGGCUGAACGAGACAAAGAAGAAAUGGAACUUGAAAUUGCUAAAAUGGAGUUUGAUUUUAAGGGUACCUCUGUUAUAUGCAGAAGUGGAAGCCCCUUAAUUCUGGCAGACUUGAAGAAGGUUUCUGUGUCAAAGGCCCGUGCAAUUAUUGUCAUUGCUGAGGAUGGAAAUGCUGAUCAAAGUGAUGCCCGUGCAUUGAGAACUGUUUUAAGCCUAACUGGAGUUAAAGAAGGGCUGGGAGGGCACAUAGUGGUGGAACUUAGUGAUCUUGAUAAUGAGGUUCUUGUUAAACUUGUUGGUGGAGAGCUUGUUGAAACUGUUGUGGCUCAUGAUGUGAUUGGUCGCCUAAUGAUUCAAUGUGCUCGCCAGCCCGGACUUGCUCAGAUUUGGGAAGAUAUCCUUGGUUUUGAAAACUGUGAAUUCUACAUCAAAAGAUGGCCACAAUUGGAUGGUAUGCAUUUUGAGGACAUAUUGAUCAGCUUUCCUGAUGCGAUUCCUUGUGGAAUCAAGGUUGCAUCACGAGGUGGAAAAAUUGUACUGAAUCCUGAAGACUCGUAUAUCCUGGAAGAAGGUGAUGAAGUUCUUGUUAUAGCAGAGGAUGAUGAUACUUACACUCCAGCUGCUUUACCUACGGUCUGGAGGGGAAGUCUUCCCAAAAAAUUUCUUGUUCCAAAAUCUGCUGAAAGAAUCCUGUUGUGUGGUUGGCGGCGAGAUAUGGAGGAUAUGAUUAUGGUAUUGGAUGCAUUUUUAGCACCGGGUUCAGAGCUUUGGAUGUUCAAUGAUGUUCCUGAGAAUGAGAGGGAAAAGAAACUUGUUGAUGGUGGUCUUGAUAUCAGCCGAUUAGAGAAUAUAUCCUUGGUUGACCGUGAGGGAAAUGCUGUAAUUCGGCGUCAUUUGGAAAGCCUUCCCUUGGAGUCAUUUGAUUCAAUUUUGAUUCUUGCCGAUGAAUCUGUAGAGGAUUCAGCUAUUCAGGCUGAUUCAAGAUCCCUAGCAACCUUGUUGUUAAUACGUGAUAUCCAGGCUAAGCGUAUGCCGGUCAGGGAUGCUAAGACUAUAGCACACAGGGGAAGUUUCUCGCAAGGCUCCUGGAUUGGAGAAAUGCAGCAAGCUUCUGAUAAGUCGGUUAUUAUAAGUGAAAUUCUGGAUCCAAGAACUAAAAAUCUGCUUUCAAUGUCAAAAAUCAGUGAUUAUGUCUUGUCCAAUGAACUUGUCAGUAUGGCCUUAGCUAUGGUGGCUGAGGAUCGACAGAUAAAUGAUGUUUUGGAGGAGCUCUUUGCAGAAGAGGGUAAUGAAUUGCAUAUAAGGCAAGCUGAUCUAUACCUUCGUGAAGGGGAGGAACUGAGUUUCUAUGAAGUACUUUUACGAGCUCGACAACGAAGAGAGAUUGUGAUUGGUUACCGUUUGGCAAAUGCUGAAAAAGCUGUUAUCAACCCUCCAGCCAAAAAUGAGCAACGGAAAUGGUCUAAAGGAGACGUUUUCGUAGUGAUAGCCGAAAAAGAAUGACCUCCAUAUUGACAAUGUCAAUCCAAAAUACUUGUUGCUCUGGAAUUGUACCUGCGAGAGAUGAGAUGGCUACAUGGAGUUCUAUUACAAGCAUUACUGCGAGUUUGCAGAUUUGGAAGCCUUUGAUUAGAGCAUUGCAUGCCGCUGAUUCGGGUAGAGCGUGAGAGGGCGGCUGUGACAUUGGCUGUGGCCGAUAUAGAAGAUAGUGAAUGUGCCAUUG